AUGGUUAGUAGUCGAGGCAUUGAAAUUGACCCAUCGAAGGUUAAGGCCAUUUGUGAUUUGAAGCCUCCUUUUACUGUCAAAGAGGUUCGGAGUUUGCUGGGGAGACUGAACUAUGUGGCGAGAUUUAUUUCUCAAUUGUCUGAGACUGCUAAACCAUUUUUCAAGCUCCUGAAGAAGAACGCCAAAGUUAAAUGGGAUACCGAUUGUCAAAAGACAUUUGAGAAAAUAAAGCAAUAUCUUUCUCAUCCGCCGGUCCUGGUGCCACCUGUCCCCAGAGUGCCAUUGAUACUCUAUUUGACCAUUCAUGAUGAAUCGUUGGGAGCCUUGCUAGCCCAAAAGAGACCAAGCGAUGACAAAGAAUGUGUGAUAUACUAUCUCAGUAAGAAGUUUACUUCAUCCGAGAUAAAUUACCCAGGAGUUGAAAAAACGUGUGUGGCUUUGGUGUGGGUAUUACACUGCUUAUGCCAAUACACACUCCAUCAUUGGAUCUUGCUCGUAACUGAGAAUGAUCCCAUCAAAUAUUUGCUGGAAAAACCUGCGUUGGUCGGAAAGUUAGCAAAGUGGCAAGUUCUGGUGUCCGAAUUCGACGUCCACAGUAUGACGCAGAAAUCCAUCAAGGGAAGAGCUAUAGCUGACAUGUUGGCAGAAAACGUCGAAAGGUCGGAAGACCAUGAUCAAUCAGAUCCCAUAGAGGAACGCGUUUCAGAGAUAGUGGGUGAUAAGUGGACUAUGUACUUCGACGGUGCCGUUAACCUGGUUGGUUCUGGGACUGGGGCAGUUCUUAUCUCCCUGACGGGUCAACAUCACCCUGUGGCCGCCAAGUUGGUAUUCCCUUAUACCAACAAUAUCUCAGAAUACGAGGCUUGCAUACUGGGAUUGCAAUUGGCCGUCGACAUGAAAGUUAGGAAGCUGCAGGUUUACGGCGAUUCUGCCCUCAUCAUUCUUCAAACAGAGGGCCAAUGGCGAACCGGUGACUCCAAAUUGAUUCCUUACCACGAAUUUCUCGAGGAGUUAAUAAAGGAAUUUGAGGAGAUUUCUUUUAAGUAUUUACCCCGAUCGCAGAAUCAGUUUGCCGACGCCCUAGCCACGUUAUCAUCAAUGCUACAAGUCAUGGAAGGGUUAGACAUUGAGCCACUGAAAAUCGAAAUACUGACAUGUCCGGCUUACUGUUCGGCGAUCGCAGAUGAACCUGAUGAGAAGCCGUGGUAUCACGACAUCAUGAACUAUCUUCAAAGGGGUAAAUAUCCUCCUGGAAGUGAACUAACAGAUCAGAAAUACAUAAGGAAGCUAGCGUCGAAAUUCUUCAUCAGUGGCAAUGCUCUUUACAAGAGGUCCUUUGACUCAAUUUUGUUGAAAUGCGUCGAUGCCAAAGAAGCUAGUCACUUGAUGAGAGAAAUACAUGAGGGCGAAUGCGGUCCGCACAUGAACGGUCAUCUUUUGGCCAAAAAAUCAUGA